GUCUGACUGGAAGUCUGCAAGUGAGACGGAGUCUCGGGAAAAGAACGCAGACCUCAGAUUUUAAAGAGAGAGGGGCGUCCAUAGGUUGGGCUAUGCAUAUUCGUAAUCAAACCAAUCAGAGACCUCUGAGAUUUAGGCUCGAUCAACCAGGCUGAAGCAGGCAGCACAGCCGCUCAAAAGAAGAAAAGCGGUCGCAAUUUAGGGGUUGUAUCCAUCGUUUUAAGCCUCUAUUAUGGCAAUGACUUUCGCCAGAUGUUAGUAUUACUAGUUCGUGUCUUGUCAGAUUUGAGAAUCAGCAGAGCGCGAAGGGGAACAACGCGAGCUUGAUUUGCUAAUGUGCCCACUUUUGAAACGAAUAUCACCACCACUGCUGCUUACUCUCAAUAUUUCUUUCCAUUUAGCGCCGACGGAUUACCUCGUGCCUGGUCAUCGUUUCCAAGGAGUUGAAACGGGAGUGGUGCUGGUGCCGGGGAUUUCUACUUAUUCUUUUACUCGCUCCGACUACUUGUGUGGAGGAAAUGGCAACGCCAGUGUUUGAGAGAGGACCCCAACUGGAAGAGAGAGGAAACCGGACCUGAAUGACAGGAUACAGCAGCCGACCUGAGACAUAUCCAGACACAUUUCAACUGCUUUAGUCAAGACACUUCUGCUUUAUUUGUUUUCUUUCGGCCUAAGCUUGAAAAUAAGGAAGAAUAACAGGACCUGAAAAACCUUGGGAGGAGUUUUAUUUCGUUUUUCCUCAUUUUAUUUUGUUUCUAACAAAACAAGGAUGCAUUGUGGAUUAGUGCUGUUCCUCUUAAUGGGAAUCUUCUUCGUCGCUGAGGCUUUCAAAAAUGACAAGUGUGGGGACAACAUCAGAAUAACGAAUGCGAAUUACCUCACCUCGCCUGGCUAUCCGACAUCAUAUUUGCCAUCUCAGAAAUGCGUUUGGGUGAUAACAGCGCCUGGACCUCACCAAAGAAUUCUAAUCAACUUUAACCCGCAUUUUGAUCUCGAGGACAGGGAGUGCAAGUAUGACUAUGUGGAGGUGCGUGACGGCGUGGAUGAGAAUGGUCAGCUGGUGGGGAAGUACUGUGGGAAGAUCGCCCCGUCACCCGUGGUGUCUUCUGGGAACCAGCUCUACAUCAAGUUUGUGUCCGACUACGAGACCCAUGGAGCAGGCUUCUCCAUCCGCUAUGAGGUCUUCAAAACAGGUCCGGAAUGUUCCAGGAACUUCACGUCUAACAGCGGGGUGAUAAAGUCACCUGGUUUCCCGGAGAAGUAUCCCAACAACCUGGACUGCACCUUCAUGAUCUUCUCCCCCAAGAUGUCCGAGAUCAUCCUGGAGUUCGAGAGCUUUGAGCUGGAGCCUGACACCACUCCUCCCACCGGGGUCUUCUGUCGAUACGAUAGGCUAGAGAUCUGGGACGGCUUCCCUGGAGUUGGUCCGUACAUUGGGCGGUACUGUGGUCAGAAUACCCCUGGUCGUAUCAUCUCUUAUACGGGCAUCCUGGCCCUGAUAAUCAACACAGACAGUGCCAUCGCCAAGGAGGGCUUCUCUGCCAACUUCACUGUGUUGGAACGGACUGUGCCAGAAGACUUUGACUGUUCAGACCCGUUGGGUAUGGAGUCAGGGGAGAUAGCAUCAGAGCAGAUCGUAGCUUCGUCCCAGUACAACCCUGGCUGGUCCCCGGAGCGAGCCAGACUCAACUACUAUGAGAACGCAUGGACACCAGGAGAGGACAACAACAAAGAGUGGAUACAGGUGGACUUGGGUUUCCUCCGGUUCGUGUCGGCCGUCGGAACACAGGGGGCCGUUUCCCAGGAGACGAAGAAGACCUACUGGGUCAAGUCCUACAAGGUGGACGUCAGCUCUAACGGAGAAGACUGGAUCACACUGAAGGAGGGUUCAAAACAGAAGGUUUUCCAAGGGAACACCAACCCCACUGACGUCGCCAGGACGAUGCUUCCCAAACCCACGCUCACCCGCUUCAUCCGGAUCCGGCCCGUCGCCUGGGAAACAGGCAUCGCUCUGCGCUUCGAGGUGUACGGCUGUAAAAUAUCAGAGUAUCCAUGUUCAGGCAUGCUUGGCAUGGUAUCGGGCCUAAUCACUGAUGCCCAGAUCACAGCUUCGUCCCACACGGACCGGAGCUGGGUACCCGAGAACGCCCGCCUGCUGACCAGCCGCUCCGGGUGGACCCUGCUGCCCCAGCCCCAGCCCUUCACCUCAGAGUGGCUACAGGUGGACCUGGGGGAGGAGAAGCUGGUACGAGGGCUCAUCAUCCAGGGAGGGAAACACAGAGAGAACAAGGUGUUCAUGAAGAAGUUCAGACUGGGAUACAGUAACAACGGAUCUGAUUGGAAGAUGGUCCAGGACGCCAGCGGCAACAAGCCAAAGAUUUUCGAGGGGAAUCAGAACUACGAUACACCAGAGCUGAGGACCGUGGAGCCCUUGCUGACCCGAUACAUCAGGGUUUACCCAGAGAGGUCCACCCCUGCUGGGAUGGGCCUGCGUCUCGAGCUCCUGGGCUGUGAGAUCGAAGCUCCCACAAUCCCCCCCACCACGCCGGCCCCCACCACCGCCCCAUCAGACGACUGUGAUGAUGACCAGGCCAGCUGCCACAGUGGAACAGGUGAUGACUACGAAGUGACAGGUGGAACCACAAUGCCAGAGGCUAUGACAGAUGUGGACACCAUCCCAGCAUUCCUGUGGUUUGCGUGUGACUUUGGCUGGGCCAACGACCCCUCGUUCUGCGGUUGGACCUCAGAGGACAGCGGCUUCAGAUGGCAGAUACAGUCCAGCGGCACGCCCACGCUCAACACUGGACCCAACAUGGACCACACAGGUGGAUCUGGUAAUUUCAUCUACACCCUAGCGACAGGCGCCCAGGAAACGGAGGUUGCUAGGCUGGUCAGUCCAGGGGUAACAGUCGGUCAGUCUGACCUGUGCGUCUCGUUCUGGUACCACAUGUUUGGCUCGCACAUCGGCACGCUACACAUCAAACAGAGGAAGGAGACGGUGGACGGCAUGGCCGACAUACUUCUGUGGACCGUGAGCGGUCACCAGGGCAACCGCUGGAGAGAGGGACGCGUGCUGGUGCCGCACUCCAGUAAACCCUAUCAGGUGGUGAUUGAAGGGUUGGUGGAGAGGAAGAGCUGGGGUGAUAUCGCUGUGGACGAUAUCAAGAUCCUGGACAAUCUGAACAUGGCUGACUGCAAGGAUCCUGAUGUUCCUACAGAGCCCAUGCUGCCUGAAGACAGAUUCAAUGAAAUCAUUGUGGACAUCACAGACUUCCCUGAGAUCGUGGAGAACAAUGAGAUCCUGAACGGUGUCAGUGGCGGGGCAGGUAACAUGCUGAAGACACUGGACCCUAUCCUCAUCACCAUCAUCGCUAUGAGCGCCCUAGGGGUCUUCCUGGGGGCCAUCUGUGGGGUCGUCCUCUACUGUGCCUGCUCACAUGGCCACAUGGCUGACAGGAACUUAUCCGCUCUGGAGAACUAUAACUUUGAGCUGGUGGAUGGAGUCAAGCUAAAGAAGGACAAACUCAAUUCACAGAACUCAUACACAGAGGCGUGAAUAGGAAGGGGGAAGUGAGACGUGCGUGUGGGGAGUGCACAAGACUGUAGGCAUAGCCAAGACUCAAUAAGUUGCCGGGCCUAAAGGGACUGCCGGAAGCCUCUCAUCGGAGAAGGCCCAGGUUCAGGAACCAAUGGGAGGUUGUGACUGAUCCAUUGCUUUUCUCAGGAGCUGCAGUAACAGGAACCUACCAGUAGGGGGCACUGUGUACAAAAAUAAAUACAGGAGAAAAAAUCUGUACAGAUGAUUAGAUGAUUAUUUUAAUUUUUCUAUUUGAUUUUCAUUCAUUUUUACAAUCGGAUGCUGGUGUUGAGACCAAUUUAAUGAUUAUAAUGUUUAAAGUAUUUAUCAUUUUCUGGGAGGAAAAAAACAUUUAGUUAUUAUUAUUUUACAUCAAAGUUGUUAUUUUUGUGUUGAAAGAGAAGUAUCAAAAUCCAAAAUGAACCAUAACUGACUAUGUUGUUGGUUGAACUGCCACUGCCCUCUGCCUCUGUCUGCAGGUGCGGAUCAGAGGUUAAGGGUUACGGUCACUCCCCUUGGCAGUAGAUGGUUCUGACAGUGCCUUUAAUACAUCUUAGUUGCCAUUUUUUCCUCCACUAAGUUCUGACAAAGUUCUGACAACGUUAUGAUAAUGAUCUGAAAACUAAAGCAGGGGCUUUAAAUUAGCUAAUAAUCAAGUCUGCAAAACAUGAUCCAAUCCCUCCAUGGCGCUUUUCUCUCUCUGUCCCAGACACACAUAAUAUUGUACAUAAGUUUUAAUAUAUUUUAAUGCCCUUUUUUAAGAAAGUAAAAGGUAAAAAAAAAAAAAAAGCUGCAGUAUCCCUUUUUUCAAUGGGUUGUGUGUUGUAAAUACAAUCGUUUGACUGUUGUUGUGAAGAGUGAAGUGUUGUGGUUUUAUUGUUUCAUUUCGUUGCUCUCCAGAAGAGAGAGCAGACUCUGUGUGCUGUGUGAAGAUAGGCCGCUGUUAUGACAAUUCAGUGCACAUUCAAAGGAGACUUGCUUGUUCAAUCUGACCGACCAGUCAAUGUCAUCUACGUUUUCUAGAUGCAAUCCACUUCAUGACACCAUGGAGGGGACAACGAAGAAGUUAUCAUAAACACAAAUGAAAAAAGACAAACAGUUGUAUUCAUGUUAUUAACUUUUAUACACUAACUAACAUAUGGCAGCCACACACCCCUAUCCUCCUCCCCUCACACAGGGUCUGUCCUCUUUUCUCAUAUCAACAGCAGCAGUAGAGGAAGAUAUAUGGAAUGUCUGUCUGCCAGCAUACCAAAAAACAACCAUUGCUUUUGCUUUGCUUUAGCUGUAUGAGUUGACCAGUGGAGUUGACCACCUCCAGUUCCAUAGGUAUGGGGUAGCAGGUAGUCUAGCGGGUAAGAGUGUUGGGGCAGUAACUGAAAGGUUUCUUGUUCGAAUCCCUGAGCUGGCAAGGUGGAAAAAUCUGCUGUUCAAAACAACUGUGUGCCGUGGAUGUCGAUUAAGGCAGCCCCCUUCAGAGGGCUUUAAUGCACAAGACACAUUUUGGUUGAAUGCAUUCAGUUGUGCAACUGACUAGGUAUCUCCUUUCCCAGGCAUCUGUGGAUUGUCCUACAAAAAAAACAUUGCAACUUAGAAUGCACUUUGUCAUUCAACAUCUAAAUCCUCACUAGAGUGAUUUAGGCAGGGGAGGGCUUACUGAAGAAUGGCUUUCACAACUGGCUUUCACAUUCACACAGCAGGCUAGAUUUUCAUAAUCAUGAUCAUAGGUUUGUAUUGUGUUGUCACAUAUUGGACACACUACGGCCUAGGUUUACAUCUAUAAAACGUGUAGCAGCCAAAUGUUGUGAUGUCAGGGCCGAUGUCAUGAGGGAAGGACGCUGGUACAGAGCUAAGCGGACGAGUGAUGUCAUCACGCAUGGCGAAUCAGGUCACUCGCCCUGUUGUCUUUACCAAAGGAUGAUUGGAUACCUUUUCUACUUGGGGAGGGGUUUGUGAUCAGCACACUACUACUGGACGGUCCGCAGCCUUUCAACCACAUCCACACCUUUUUCAAUGAACGUUCACAGGAAAUUGACCUCUUGCGUUGCACUGACUGGAAUGGACUCCCGGCAAUUUCAAAAAGGGGAAGGUGGGUUGACUAUAAACUGCAAUGUUUGAUGGUUCAUUUUUAUACAUGUUUUUCAGCUGAAGUUGCAUAUCUUGCGUCAAUGUGAACUCUGAAAUCUCUUGAGACCUACCGAUGGAUCUAGCAAUGCUCCAAAAGAGUUAUGGAUGGGGAAGUAAAGGUCUAAGGAGGACUUGACCAUUGGAAAAGCCCAUUGGAUUUUCUACACCACAACAAUCAGAGACAUAAUGAUGUUGAACAGGAGGACAUCUGCUAUAUCCGUGUACUAUGUCGUGUGCUGUGGUGAACACAUGCUCAGCUUGGCUUUUGUUCAUUUCAGGUUUGAUGUCCCACUUUGCAAUGCUUACUGUUUUGUGCAUUCAGCUUUGAGGACAGUAUCCUCAUUCUGGUAACUAGAGAAAAGGAUACUGUAGGGUGGAAACUAAAAAGAAACAAUGUUGCACUGAUAAAUAUAUUUAAGGAGUUUGUGUUUAUAGCAUUAAUUUGUAAAGAAAAUCUAAAACUGAAAAAAACUGUGUUCAUUUUCUUUCUUCUUUUUUAUAGUUUCAGAUUGUGAUAUAAUUCAGAAAUGUACAAAUUGAGAUGUUUUCAUUAUUGAAAAAGGUAUACAAAAUUCCUAUAGUUAUGUCCCCAUUUACCUGGAUUAUUAUCGCUUCGUUUUGUACUGUCAUUCAAAUUUUGUGCACAUUUUUUUUACCAAAAAAAAAAUACUUUUAUUUUCAAUACUGCUUCUGUAAUUUGCUGUUGUAGGAAAAGAUUAAUAAACAGCAAGCCUUAAAAAGAAAAA